GCCGCACCUCCCUGUGCCCCGAUCGUUCGUUUUCAGAUCUGUUGCUGGUCUUGGCACCGCUCUUGCCCAAUUCACUGUCUUGUGCCCUGUCCGCAUAGCUCGCCAGCGACACCUCCAGAAAUCAGAAAGGGAACAAGCCAUCGAGUACUUUGGAAGCAGGACAUGGCCGCAUAACUGACUACAACUAUCCACGACCAUUGCCGCGUCUUCGCGCCAUGGACGGCGGCAACAACAGCAACAACAACAGCCAACAAGACUCACCCCUGAGCAUCACAUCCAACAUCGUCGGGCUGCUGACCUUCCUCGUGGCCAUUGCGGCAGCCGCCUACGCACGCGUCGCGUACCUGCGCAACAGCGACGACGAGUACUUCCGCGUCAAGGCCUCGCUGUCGUGGUACAAGACUGAAUCGCGCUGGCUCUCGGACCUGCUCACCGCGCUGUACGUCGAGCACAACCACUUGCUGCGCCGCCAGCACCAGCAUGAGAAGCACGACCAAGGCGCCGUGCCGCCGCGCAGCACCGAAUUCGAGAUGUACUCCUUCGUCAUGGACGACUUGCUCAACCUGGAGCAGCGGCUACUCGACCUGGUGACCGAAGUGGAGGAAAAGGUGUCGCGGGGCGACCAGGGCAGCUUCACGCUCGUGCGCGGUGGGCGGCGGGCCGGCCGUCCGUCCGUGGCCAUGGCGUGGCUGCCGGUGCGGACGAAAGCGCUCGAGCUCGUGCGGCAGCGCGAGGCCCUGACGGCGCGGGUGCAGUUCCUGCAGAUGAGCUUGAUGUCGUCGCGGCUGAGGGACCUGGAGGCCAGGACCAAGUGGGCUGAGGCAAAGUUCGACGCGGGCCUGAUAGAAGGCAAUGCGCAGCGCGGCGGGUGGGCGUAAAUUGUCCAUGUGCCGGUACCGGGCAGCCGUUGAUAUGGGGGCGAGCCGUACCUUAACCGUCAUUUCGGCCUCGCACAGAGCCUGGCUGGGUACAUAGCUUUGGCAGCACGCGCGGUUCGUAUGAAGCCAUUCAGCUCAGAGCACCGCAGUCGAGUCCGUGCCCGUUCGUCAUUUGAUGUCGUAUCCGCCUUGCCACAGAAAGACGCCGGCAAUGGCAAGGCUUAACACCGCGGUGACGAGGUCGA